CCCUGCUGUCCUCAGCCAGAGUCUGGGAGUUCUGCAACAGAGACGUCUCUUGUGCCGUCCCAUCUCCUCUGGGAGCAUCCAAGAUGUCCCUCGUGGUAGCCCCCUUCUACCAGAAGAGGCAAAAGCACUUUGACCAGUCCUAUCGAAACAUUCAAACAAGGUACCUCCUGGACCAGUAUGCAUCAAAAAAGAGGACAACCACCCAGUCAGCCUCCCAGAGGUCUCUUACACAGCAGUCCUCUUCCCAGAGAGCUUCCAGUCAGAGCUCGACUCGGGGGACAACCUGCAGAGUCUGUGCAAAACGUAUGAGCACAUCAGAAGAGGAAGAACUUGAAAAUGAAGACAGGUACAGGUCCUUAGCAGCUUCUUAUGGUGAGGCUAAGAGGCAGCGUUUCCUCAAUGAAUUGGCCCAGCUGGAGGAGAAUGUACACCUGGCGCGGUCCCAGGCUCGCGACAAGCUGGACAAGUACUCCCUGGAGCAGAUGGUGGGAGACAAGCUAGCAUGGGAGAGACACUCGUUUGAAGAUCGGAUGAGCAGAGCCCCUGAGAUCCUGGUGCGGCUAAGGUCCCACACCAUCUGGGAGCGGAUGUCUGUGAAGCUCUGCUUCACUGUACAAGGAUUCCCCACACCUGUAGUGCAAUGGUACAAAGACGGCAGUCUGAUCUGCCAGGCCGGUGAACCAGGGAAGUACCGGAUUGAGAGCAAGUAUGGUGUGCACACGCUGGAGAUCAACAGGGCAAACUUUGAGGACACAGCCACCUACUCAGCAGUUGCAACCAAUGCCCACGGACAAGUAUCGACCAAUGCCGCAGUGGUGGUCAGAAGGUACCACGGGGAUGAGGAACCUUUUCAUUCUGUAGGGCUCCCGAUUGGACUGCCGCUGUCGUCCGUGACUCCCUAUACUCACUUUGAUGUCCAAUUUUUGGAGAAAUUCGGGGUGACUUUCAGAAGAGAAGGCGAGACAGUCACACUCAAGUGCACGCUGUUGGUCACACCAGAUCUGAAGAGAGUACAGCCUCGGGCUGAAUGGUACCGGGAUGAUGUGCUGCUGAAAGAGUCCAAGUGGACGAAGAUGUUCUUUGGAGAAGGCCAGGCUUCACUGUCCUUCAGCCACUUGAACAAGGAUGAUGAGGGCCUGUACACUCUGAGGAUUGUGUCCAGGGGUGGAGUCAGCGAUCACAGUGCCUUCCUGUUUGUCAGAGAUGCCGACCCACUGGUCACAGGGGCUCCUGGUGCUCCCAUGGACCUGCAGUGCCAUGAUGCCAACCGAGACUAUGUCAUCGUCACGUGGAAACCACCCAACACCACUACGGAGAGCCCUGUCAUAGGCUACUUUAUAGACAGAUGUGAGGUAGGAACUAACAACUGGGUUCAGUGCAAUGAUGCACCAGUAAAGAUCUGCAAAUACCCGGUCACGGGACUUUUUGAAGGAAGGUCGUAUGUGUUCCGCGUGAGGGCAGUGAAUAACGCAGGUGUUAGCCGGCCUUCCCGGGUGUCCGAUGCUGUGGCUGCCCUCGACCCUGUUGACCUCAGAAGGUUGCAAGCAGUUCAUUUGGAGGGAGAGAAAGAAAUCGUCAUCUGCCAGGAUGAGCUUGAAGGUGAUGUUCAGAUUCCAGGGCCUCCCACUAACGUCCAAGCCUCAGAGGUCAGCAGAAACUAUGUUGUCCUGAGCUGGGACCCCCCUUCUCCCCGCGGCAAGGAGCCUUUGAUGUACUUCAUUGAGAAGUCUGUUGUCGGGAGCGGCAGCUGGCAGCGAGUCAAUGCUCAAACAGCAGUGAGAUCACCUCGAUACGCUGUCUUUGACCUGGCUGAAGGGAAGUCCUAUGUGUUCCGGGUUUUGUCGGCCAAUAAGCAUGGCCUGAGUGACCCAUCGGAGAUGACACCUCCUAUCCAGGCACAGGACAUGAUUGUGGUCCCCUCUGCUCCUGGUCGGGUACUCGCCUCCCGGAACACCAAGACAUCCGUUGUGGUGCAGUGGGAUAGGCCAAAGCACGAAGAGGACCUGUUGGGCUACUAUGUGGACUGCUGUGUGGUGGGGACGAACCUGUGGGAGCCGUGCAACCACAAGCCCAUCGGAUACAACAGGUUCGUGGUACACGGCUUAACCACCGGUGAGCAGUACAUCUUCAGGGUAAAGGCCGUCAACGCUGUGGGCACCAGCGAAAACUCACAGGAGUCGGAGGCCAUUAAGGUCCAGGCAGCCCUCACUGUCCCCUCCUCUCCGUACGGGAUCACCCUUCUCAACUGUGAUGGCCACUCCAUGACCCUCGGCUGGAAGGUGCCUAAAUUUAGCGGUGGCUCAACCAUCCUGGGUUACUACCUGGACAAGCGGGAAGUCCAUCACAAGAACUGGCACGAGGUCAACCCUUCUCCUGUCAAAGAGAGGAUAUUAACGGUGGAGGGCUUGAUGGGAGGCUCAUUGUAUGAGUUCAAAGUCGCUGCUGUCAACCUGGCUGGAAUUGGGCAGCCAUCAGAUCCCAGUGAGCACUUCAAAUGUGAGGCCUGGACAGCACCAGAACCCGGUCUGUGACCUGCAGCAAGGUCAGACCUACGUGUUCAGAGUGCGGGCAGUGAAUGCCAGUGGGCCAGGGAAGCCGUCAGACAUGUCAGAGCCUAUACUCGUGGAGGCCCGACCAGGCACGAAGGAGAUCAGUGCUGGUGUGGAUGAGGAGGGCAACAUCUACCUUGGGUUCGACUGCCAGGAAAUGACGGACGCCUCCCAGUUCACUUGGUGCAAGGCCUACGAGGAGAUCACAGAUGAGGACCGGUUCCAGGUUCACACUGAGGGAGACCACUCGAAGCUGUACCUUAAGAAUCCAGAUAAAGUGGACAUGGGAACUUACUCUGUGUCUGUAAGCGACACAGAUGGCGUGUCUUCCAGCUUCGUUUUGGAUGAGGGAGAACUUGAGCGCUUGAUGGCACUGAGCAACGAGAUAAAGAAUCCCACAAUCCCUCUGAAGUCAGAAUUGGCCUAUGAGAUCUUUGAUAAGGGCCAGGUCCGCUUCUGGCUCCAAGCUGAGCACCUUUCACCUGAUGCUAAUUUCCGGUUCAUUAUUAAUGACAGGGAAGUCUCUGACAGCGAGAUACACAGAAUUAAAUGUGACAGAUCGACAGGCAUGAUUGAGAUGGUGAUGGAUCGGUUUACUAUUGAUAAUGAAGGGACCUACACAGUGCAGAUCCAAGAUGGGAAAGCCAAGAAUCAGUCUUCGCUCGUCCUUAUUGGGGAUGCAUUCAGGGCCGUGCUAGAAGAGGCUGAAUUUCAGAGGAAGGAAUUCCUUAGGAAGCAAGGCCCUCAUUUUGCUGAGUAUUUGCACUGGGACGUGACAGAGGAAUGUGAAGUUAGGCUCAUCUGUAAGGUUGCAAACACUAAGAGAGAAACAGUCUUCAAAUGGCUCAAGGAUGAUGUUCUUUAUGAAACCGAGACACAGCCGAACCUGGAGAAGGGGCUUUGCGAGCUGCUCAUACCAAAGUUGUCCAAGAAGGACCAUGGUGAAUACAAAGCGACCUUGAAAGAUGACAGAGGUCAAGAUGUAUCUGUCCUUGAAAUAGCUGGCAAAGUGUACGAAGACAUGAUCUUGGCGAUGAGCCGCGUGUGUGGAGCCUCUGCCUCACCACUGAAGAUUCUCUGUACCCCCGAGGGGAUCAGACUUCAGUGUUUCAUGAAGUAUUUCACAGACGAGAUGAAGGUCAACUGGUAUCACAAAGAGGCUAAGAUCUCAUCCAGUGACCACAUGCGUAUUGGUGGGAGUGAGGAGAUGGCGUGGCUGCAGAUCUGUGAGCCUACAGAGAAGGACAAAGGAAAGUUCACGUUUGAGAUUUUCGAUGGUAAAGAUAAGCACCAGCGUUCACUGGAUCUCUCUGGCCAAGCUUUUGAUGAAGCGUUUGCAGAGUUCCAGCAACUCAAGGCAGCUGCAUUUGCGGAGAAGAAUCGUGGCAAGGUAAUUGGCGGCUUACCUGAUGUGGUGACCAUAAUGGAAGGCAAGACCUUGAACCUCACCUGCACGGUGUUUGGAAAUCCUGACCCGGAAGUGGUCUGGUUCAAGAAUGACAAAGACAUUGAGUUGAGCGAGCACUUUGUGGUGAAGGUGGAGCAGUCCAAGUACGUCAGCAUGACCAUCCAGGGGGUGACUGCCGAGGACUCGGGCAAGUACAGCAUCAAUGUCAAGAACAAAUACGGCGGGGAGAAAAUCGACGUCACUGUCAGCGUGUACAAACACGGAGAAAAGAUCCCAGACAUCUCGCCUCCCCAGCAGGCCAAACCCAAGCUCAUCCCAGCGUCCACCUCCUCGGAAUGAGGGACUCCCCUCCAGCCUGGAGCGAGGGGAGGAAAACGUGGACGACAUAGAAACGCUGUGUGCUGUGCUGAGCGGGUGCCGGUUCUGAGUGAUGUCAUGUGUGGCAGCUGGGUGACUGCGCAUUAGGCUUCUGAGUUUUGCAGUUGGUGAUUCAAAUUUUAUGUGUAAGGGAAGAGAUCAUGUUUCCACAAGGCUAAAAAACUCGUGUGAGUCUCAGUGUAGACGGCAGCAGGUUGAGGAGUGAGCUGAGAGAGCAGCUGAUGUGUUCAGGGUCAUGGGCAUGUGGAGUGAUGCCCAGAUGGGUCUAGCAUGUGAUGGUCUGGGUGAGGUAGCCACCUGCCUGUGGGUGACGCUGGGGCCUGCAGGAGGUUGCUCUGGAAUCUGCCUGUGGAGCCCGUUACCUGGUUACCCUGUUUUCUCUUGCUUUAGGCUAAUAAAACUUUAAAAGGCA